GAACAGCAACCAUCUUGUUCGUUGCGGCUGUAAGUGUUCGUCUACUUUGGUAGCUGGCUUGAUUUUCCAUCUUGGAAAUAUGGCCGCACACGGUGAUGAAUAUCUUCCAACGUGGGAAGAAGUGACAGUUCCAGAAUUGAAGGUGACAUCAAUAGCACUUCGGGCGAUAGCCACUCAAAUGGGAAAAUACUGCGAUGAACCGUCUAAAGAAUUUAUGUUAUGUCGUACGGAAACAGGAGAUCCCCGAAAAUGCCUUAAGGCAGGUCGUGAUGUGACUAGGUGUGGGCACGAAUUCCUCAUCAAAGUGAAAGAACGUUGUGCCAACCAGUUUCAGGAAUACACCGACUGUUUAGACUAUGUCCCUCAUAGGCAACUUAAGUUUUCCUUUUUCGGUUGUAAAAAAUUGAUGAAAGCAUUUGACCAGUGUAUAUUAGAGAACUUCAAUCAGACGGCCCCAGAAGUUGGAUACUUUUCUCGGGUACGAGUUCAAUCUACCAGCCAACCUAGACCUGACCCUCUACAAGGGCAGCCUAAACCAUCAGAAGAAAUCAGACUAGAGCCAGGGGAGUAAUCCAAGACAUUCAACAAAAUGGAUUUUAACUAGUUUAAAGCCCUAAUACUAAAGUUCAACAUUUUAAAACUCUGUCACAAGUUAGAUUUUCAUAAGGCAUCCUACAGGUUCAGUGGAUCUCCGGGAUAAUUUGUCUGGGGUACGAAGAUGACCUACCGGUUGAUCGUAAAGGCUGUCUGAGGCAGCCCUGCUGUGUGUUACUGAAAGGAUUUUUUUAUGCUGCAUGUAUAAGGAUACAGAUUGCCCACAGUUAUGUUGAAACUACACAAAAUUCAUUGAAGACUAUUUAUUUUUUUUCGAGUUUGGAGAUUGGCCACAGCAUUUUGUGUGAUAGCAUGUCACUGUCUCUGUCACACAGAGGGAAGUUCUUGGUCUCCUGUGACGCAGAAAAGAAACUCACGUUUUCCAGGUUUUGUUGCAGUCAGAAAUCAGAACACUGAACAUAUUGUGGUGCAACUUUGGAGUGAACUAAUUUUCAUCUGGAGAAAUUGUCGUUGAUGAUUUUUCAUUGUUAGAAUAAUAAAUGGUCAAGUGUG